CAUCACUGGGGGUGCGGCCCUUAUCAAGCAGAGACGUCACGGUCUGGUAUCAAAUGCCAAAGUCUAAGCUGGGACCAUCUGCAGCGUCCCUGAUGACACCUGAUAGGAGAGGUCCCUGGGUUCCCAGCUCCUAGCCACUUCCGGCACCCGGCACCCUGUGCCCUGGGCCACCCACCAAGUCUUCUUCCAGCCAGGACCAGCGAGGGAGCCAGGGAGCCAGGGUCCCCUCGACUCUGCCCCCGAAACGGGACUGGGCUCUCCUGACAGCUGCCUGAGCAGAUCCAGGCCUGGGCCUGGUCUAUCCCUGCCAGAAAUCCAUGCCGAAUUCCCUCACGGGUGGCCAGGUCCCCCCCCCCCUUACUCUGGACACAGUUGGCCUGGUGGACCGGAGCCUGGGAAAUGCAGGGACCUCCGGUUCUGCCCCAGUCUUGGAAGAGGGGAAAAUGGACCCCUGGGCCCUCCCUCAGCUGAAGGACACUGGCCAGUCCUGGAAAGAGCUCAGCGUGGCCGGCAGGGUGCUCCGGGUGGCCACUGGCUUCCUCAAGGCCUGUGGACUCCUGGGCAGCCUCUACCUCUUCAUCUGCUCCCUGGACAUCCUCAGCUCCGCCUUCCAGCUGCUGAGCAGCAAGGUGACUGGAGACAUCUUUAAGGAAAACGUGGUGCUGUCCAACCCUGUGGCUGGACUGGUCAUCGGCGUGCUGGUCACAGUUCUCGUCCAGAGCUCCAGCACGUCUUCCUCCAUUGUGGUCAGCAUGGUGGCCUCCAAAUUGCUGACCGUCCAGGCGUGCGUGCCCAUCAUCAUGGGCGUCAACGUGGGCACGUCCAUCACCAGCACCCUGGUCUCAAUGGCACAGUCAGGGGACCGAGAUGAGUUUCGGAGGGCCUUUGGCGGCUCAGCUGUUCACGGCAUCUUCAACUGGCUCACGGUGCUGAUCUUGCUGCCACUGGAGAGCGCCAUAGCCCUGCUGGAGAGGCUCAGCGCCCUGACUCUGGGCGCCACCAGCCUGCAGCCUGGGGGGCAUGCGCCCGACAUCCUCAAGGUGCUAACGCAGCCUCUCACACACCUCAUUGUGCAGCUGGACACUGAUGCGAUUGCAAGCAGUGCCACGGGCAACGCCACCAACAGCAGCCUCAUUAAGCAAUGGUGCGGCACCAGGGAGGUGAUGACCUCGGGGAACAGCAGCGACUGUGGAGCGGCGGCCUCCGGCCCCUGCCCUGAGAGGAACGGAACGGCUGCGGUGGAGCUGCUGCCCUGCCACCACCUGUUCGUGGGGACCACGCUCACGGACCUGGCCGUGGGCUUCAUCCUGCUGGCCGCCUCCCUGCUCCUGCUCUGCACCUGCCUCGUCCUCAUCGUCAAACUGCUUAACUCUGUGCUGCGCGGCCGCAUCGCCCAGGCCGUGAGGAAGGUCAUCAAUGCUGACUUCCCCUUCCCCUUCAGCUGGCUCAGCGGCUACCUGGCCAUCCUGGUGGGCGCCGGCCUGACCUUCGUGCUCCAGAGCAGCAGUGUCUUCACGGCGGCCGUUGUGCCGCUCAUGGGGGUCGGGGUGAUCAGCCUGGAGCGCGCAUACCCCCUCUUCCUGGGCUCCAACAUCGGCACGACCACCACAGCCCUGCUGGCCGCCCUGGCCAGUCCCGCGGACAUGCUGCUCAGCGCCCUCCAGGUUGCCCUCAUCCACUUCUUUUUCAAUCUGGCUGGCAUCCUGCUGUGGUACGUGGUGCCUGUCCUGCGGCUGCCCAUCCCGCUGGCCAAACGCUUCGGGGACGUGACCGCCAAAUACCGCUGGGUGGCCAUCGCCUAUCUGCUGCUCAGCUUCCUGCUGCUGCCGCUGGCCGCCUUCGGGCUCUCCCUGGCAGGGAGCACAGUGCUGGCUGCAGUCGGAGGACCCCUGGUGGGGCUGGUACUCCUCGUCAUCCUGGUCAAUGUCCUGCAGCGGCACCGGCCAGCCUGGCUGCCACGCCGUCUGCGGUCCUGGGCCUGGCUGCCGCUCUGGCUCCAUUCUCUGGAGCCCUGGGACCGCCUGGUGGGCCGCUGCUGCCCCUGCAGGGUCUGCAGCCCCCCUCCGGCCGCUGCCAAGGAGGCCCACUGCUACGAGAACCCUGAGGUCCUGGCCUCCCAGCAGCUGUGAAGGGUGGGCACCCCCACUUCGUGGACUUCUGGGUGCCCUGGGGGAUCCUAGUAGCAGGAGACUUCCGAGUCACCUAGCUUGGCUUCUUUCCAAAUAAACAAGGCUAUAACCCA